AUGAAAUUCAUCUUGUGUUUGGGUGUCCUUGCCGGGGCAGUGCUCUCUGCUCACUCGCUUGUGCAGAAGGAAGACCAUGCUCCGUAUUUGGUAUACCUCAAGUCCCACUUCAACCCCUGUGUGGGUGUCCUCAUCAAAAGCAACUGGGUGCUGGCUCCAGCUCACUGCUACUUACCAAAUCUGAGAGUGGUACUGGGCAAUUUCAAGAUCAGAGUCCGAGAUGGAACUGAGCAGAUAAUUAACCCCAUUAACAUUAUUCGCUACUGGAACCAGAGUCACAGCAACCCCCAGGAUGACCUCAUGCUCAUCAAGCUGGCCAAGCCCGCCGUGCUCAACCAGAAAGUCCAGCCCAUCGCCCUCGCCACCAGCAGCGUCCGCCCCGGCACCACCUGUGUGCUCUCGGGGUUGGACUGGAGCCAGGACAACAACGGCAGACACCCUGACUUGAGGCAGAGCCUGGAGGCUCCGGUGAUGUCUGACAGAGAGUGCCAGCAGACCGAGCAAGGGAGGGCGCACCGGAACACCUUGUGUGUCAAGUUUCUAAAAGUGUUCAGCCGAAUUUUUGGGGAAGUCGCUGUAGCAACUGUUAUCUGCAAAAACAAGCUCCAUGGGAUCGAGGUGGGACACUUCAUGGGAGGAGACGUUGGCAUCUACACCAGCGUUUAUAAAUACGUAUCCUGGAUUGAAAACGUCACUAAAGACAAAUGA